ACAGCAGAAACGGAAGUGUUAACCUGGCAACAAUUCCAGAGCGAUACAUUAUCACUAGGGCUUAAUUUUCACACUUGUCUUUGCUUAGCGAUGUUACUUUGGUGUUGAAAGGUUCAAUACAGAAAAGGGGAAAUGGAAGAGAUAAAGACAGAGCCCGUGGAUUUUGUGAAGGAAUUCCAAGAAUACCUGACACAGCAAACCCAGCAUGUCAACAUGAUCUCAGGCUCUGUUUGUGGAGAGAAAGAGUCAGGGGAGCCGUUUCAAGCCGUUGCCCCCAGGAGUGAGCAGAAUGGUCUGGACCCUCCGUCUGUGGAGGUGAGCCUGCCAAUGGAGGAUGGGCAAGAAGUUCAGAUGGACGGCCUGGAGAGGACCUGCGAUGGAAAGUACAAGUGCAGCUACUGCAGCUAUGCCAACAAGGGCAUGGCUCGGCUAAUAGAGCACAUCCGCAUCCACACAGGGGAAAAGCCUCAUCGCUGUCAAUUGUGCCCGUUUGCUUCAGCCUACGAGCGCCACUUGGAAGCCCACAUGCGCUCGCACACAGGAGAGAAACCGUACAAGUGUGACCUCUGCACCUUCCGAUGCAGCGACCGCAGCAACCUGUCGCACCACCGUCGCCGUCGCCACAAGCUCCUGCCCACGAGGGUCGUCCGCUCUCCUUUCGCCAACAAGAGAAUGUUGAGCUCCCUGCAGAAGAGGACAGGCUCGCUGGGCUUCAGCAGGCGACUCCUCAUCAACUUCAACCCUCCCUCCAUGGUGAUGCCAAAGUCAGAUUAUCUCAGUGACCUGUCUCACAAACUCCACCACCAUUUGAAUAGCAGCGAGUAUAAGAACCUUCCCAAAUUGGAUGAUAACGACAGCCGCAACAGAGGUGCUAAUGGGUUGACUUUUAAUAACCCACUGGACCAGCUGUCUACUCUUGCUGGCCAGUUAGCCGACCUACAUCCUGAGUCUCAGACUCCGGGAUCGCCAGACACGGAGUCCUUAAAAGACGAGAAGCCCAUCCUCAUACAGCAGGUCUCUAGUGAACACAUGGCACUGUGUUCAAAUGGAGUGCAGACUUCACCACCUAAAGAUGAAUCUCCCACCUCAGGCCACAGCAGCUGCAGUCCUGUUCCCGGCCUCGGCUUUGAGAACAGCGUUAAUACUCUCACAGCGAGUGUUAGCAACAGCCAGCCGAGCACACCUGCACCUGUCCUGACCACAUCAGACCAACAGCAGUUCCAUAAAUGCCAGCACUGUGAUAUUCACUUUCUGGACAACAUCAUCUACACAAUUCACAUGGGCUGCCAUGGCUACGAACAUCCUUUCCAGUGCAACGUCUGUGGUUACAUUUGCACGGACAAAUACGACUUUUCAUGCCAUUUUGCUCGUGGACAACAUAAAAAGUGAUUCCAAGCAACAAUGGGGCAAAUAGAGAUCUUUGUGUUUCAGUAUAUUGCUUGCACAGCAUCUAAACGUGACUUAUUUACAUUUUAUACGUUUGUUAUGUACAGUUUACUAUUUUCUUUUAAUCGUUUACUAUUGUUAAUUUACAGGUGCUUUCCAUUUCCAUUUGAGCUUUUUUUUUAAAUUGAUACAUACAAAGGGUGAACAAAACAUCAGAACCAUAUUGCAAUACAACAGCUCUGCAGUAAACAUAAAAAUGAAAGUUUUUUUCUUACAGUCAGUAUUAGUUAAGGCAUUGUUACAACUGUCCUUCUUUGCUAAUGCAGCAGCUGUGAAGUGUGGCUGUUAUACUGUCAUUUGCCCACUAUCUGUAUGAUAGUAAUUACACACCAAAGUUUUCUGGCUCAGUAAAAUUAGUUUAAUUUUAUAUUGUCACGUAUAAUUUUGUUAAAAAAAUGUAGCCACUUUGUAUGUGUAUAGUAGCAGAUGUGAAGACACUUUAAACUCUGAAGAAGUAAUGUGAAGUAAUUUUAUUUUUUAUUUUAUUUAAUAGCUUUUGACUUGUGUAAAUCUUGGUCUCAAGUAAAGACUGAUUAACUAGUUUGUAUGUAAUUAUCUAAUUAUGGACAGAAAGUGAAAAUUUUAGAUCACUGAGCUCAUCUCUUUAGUUUUUCUUUCUAUAUUAUUUGUAUACUGACACUAUAAUUGCAGAGACUGUUUAGAUUACCAUGAGUGUAUCACUGUAUCUUGUGUUCUAAAUAAGUUUUGAGGAAAGUUUGGCUUUAAAAAAUAAUAUUUUAAUUACAAGACAAAAUAAUGGGA